AUGAUUUCUAAGAACUUCUUAUUUCAUGGAUACCUGAUUCUUGUUUUUUCGUCCGGUUUGAUUGCUCAGUUUGUAUCAAAUGAGAGUAUAAAGCUCCACGAUAUUCUGAAACCCUCGGACACCCAUCGGCUUUUUGAUACGUUACAGUAUUCCGUAGAAGAGCAAUAUUCAGAUUCACAUCUAUCGUUUGAUGUGUCCACAAUUUACAACUACUCCGAGAAACCGAUUUCGAUUGGCAAGCUCAACCGAAAAUACAGAGAUAUUCUAUACGAAGGGGAUAUGGCAAUCAGCUAUAAACAGUUGAGUAUAAUUGUGAACGGAUCAACUGAAUACCGAAAAGUAAUAAAGCCACGUUCAAAAGACAAGAAGAAGAAUGGAUUACGAAGAGAAAAACGGCAAGCAUAUUUGGACCAAAAUUACCCAGCAACGAUAUGGAAGAACGGCGUUCCGUUUAUGUUUCAUGAAUCUCUUAGUCCAUUGGCAAAAGCAUCUAUUCUAAAAGCAAUCCAUUUUUGGUAUCGAGAGACUUGUAUUGAAUUUCGUCCGAGGACAUUCCAAAAAGAGUAUCUGCUAUUCAUAGGAAAUGACGAGGGAUGUUGGAGUACAGUUGGCAGAGAUACAUCUCAAGGAAAACAAGUCGUUAGUAUUGGUGAAGGGUGUGAGCAUUUCGGAGUAACAUCUCAUGAACUUGCACAUGCUCUUGGAAUAUUUCAUGAGCAAUCGAGGUUCGAUAGAGAUGAAUCAGUCACUUUUAAUCCCAGAGUUGUAGAAAAGGAUUUGUUGUUCAAUUUUGCAAAGAUAUCUCCACGUCAAUUAUCAACCUAUGGAUUACCAUAUGACGUCGGAAGUGUCAUGCACUACACACCAACUGAAUUUUCUAACUUUCCAUCAAUUCCAACUUUAGCAGCCGUCGACACAAACCUUCAGCAAACUAUGGGUCAAUUGGAAGGCCCUUCUUUUGUAGAUGUGCACAUCAUGAAUCAGCACUAUCAAUGUCAAGACAGAUGCAAGACUAAAGCUCCUUGCCAAAACGGCGGAUUUACAAACUCCCGAAACUGCAACGUCUGCAAAUGUCCAACUGGGUUUGGAGGUGCUUAUUGUAAUCUUAUUGCUCCCUCCUUUUCGAAAUUUUGUGGCGGUGUGCUCAACGCGGAAGAGACAUCCAGAAGAUUUGAUAUAACUAUUCGACAAUCAACAACCACUCGAUCGAAGUCUUGUGUUUAUCAUAUCAAGGCUCCCGAAGGGAAGAAGAUUAUAGUGGAUAUUCUGAAAAUAGACUCAAAGUGCAUUGAAGGCUGUUAUCAAGAUGGAUUAGAAUUAAAAAUGAAGAAAGAUUACAGACCUAUGGGAUACAGAUUCUGUUGUCCUGAAUCUUUCCGAAGGAAAAUCAUAUCAGAGACAAAUCUUGUACCUUUUAUAGUCUAUUCUAGAGAAGAAAACUUUUCUGUAUCAUUUGAAUACUCUUUUGUAUCUUCCACUGCUAGAUUCGAUGAUGGAAAUAGCAAUCAAGACGUUGUAAUUGACAAUGCCGAUGGAGUUUUUGUAUCGGAUUCAGAAUCUUCCUUUCUCCAGAAAUUAGGAUUUCAGAGACAUUUAUAG